AUGGAAUCUCAAUUCCCCCAAAAAUUAGCAUUGACUAAUAAUUCCUUUCCACCACCCGGGGCAUCCAUUUCGACAAUGAUAGAGAUUCUCAAUAGAUUUUGUCGCUCCAUCGACUUCCCAAUCCGCAUUUUGGGGUGCUCUGUGAAAGCAGGAGGGAACAAUACCAUCAUUCUCUGCUACGCAGUUUUCAACAGCCCCACACAAGCUACACCACCUUCUCCAAUUUCCUGCAUUCUACGAAUCGGGAAAUUACGAUGGAACCUUCACGACUAUAUCGAUCCGGGGAUUUUAGAAAUGGCCGCAUUUCACCACGUCAUGGGAAAGUCUUCACCACUCAUCCCUUCCAUCUACGCCUGGGACGCAACAUGUAGGAAUCUCCUCGGAUGUCCCUAUGUCAUCCAACCACUCAUCGAUGGUCACGAUAUGCAGUCUCUAUACACACCACUUGGUGGCUCACGCGAUCUGAUCUCAACGCGGAUUAACUUCGCUUACGAAGUGGCGGGGUGCAUCAAACACAUUGAAAGUUUUCGAUUCGAAAACUACGGCACUUUUGCAAUCUCCCCACGAAUGCCAGCAAAGUGUUCUGAUCCAAGCUCUCCUCUUAUUUCCGAGCGCAUUGGAUUAUCGCCAAUACCCUGGACUGGGAAUCCAUUCAUGAGAAAAGAUAGCAAAAUCGGACAUUUCCUGAUCGAUAUCUUGUCUUCGCAAUCGGACGAUGCGAGAAGACCGUUGGCAGAGGAGAGACACAAUAUUCUUGUUUCAAUGGCAUAUGGGUUGAAUGAACUAGAACUCACACGUGGGUUGGAACAAGAUCCCGAACCAGCUGUACUUUGGCAUCCUGAUUUUUGGCCGAGGAAUAUCAUGAUGAGGAAGAAUCAGCAGGAUGUUAUGAUCACUGGGGUUAUUGAUUGGGAUGGUGUUAUGGUUGUUCCGAGAAUCAUGACUCGUCGACCUCCUGUGUUUUUGUGGGAUGAAGGGGAUGAUUUGUCGACAUUUGAGAGAAAUGUGAUCAAACAUCACUUUGAUCAGAGGAUCGAACAAUUGUUGCCGGGGUAUUGUGCGGAUGCAUAUUCGGAUUGGGGAAAUAUGACUAGAGCGAUAGGAACGUAUGCGUUGAAGGGUGUUGACUGGAAUUAUUGCCAGCUUUCUUUUGGUGUAUUGUUGGAUUUGUGGAAUGAAUUUGUGGGAAAUGCAUGA